AUGAACACGGAGUUCAGUGCUAUAGAGGUGCCUGGGGAGGCGAAUCCCCUUACCGAAGGCAUCUUAUACCACGUACUGCGCUCGGCGUCUUCGGCAGACCCAACCCAAAUACAGACGGGGACCAAGCAAUUGCAAGAAUGGGAAAAGGCCCAAGGCUUCUACCCAAAACUUCAGUCUGUUUUCCUCGACAAGUCUCUUCCCCUCGAAGUCCGCUACCUCGCCAUCAUCCAACUCAAGAAUGGCAUCGACAAAUACUGGCGGAAGACAGCCACCAAUGCAGUCAUCAAAGAGGACAAAGCCACCAUACGAGCGCGUCUGCUGGAGAGUGCCGUUGGUGAGGCCGACCAUCGUCUGGCGCUUCAAAAUGCGCUGGUCGUUGCGAAGAUUGUUCGCUUCGAGUUUCCAAACGAUUGGCCAGACCUAUUCCAGCAGCUACUCCAAGUUCUGCGCGCCUCGACCGACCCAAACGCCUACCGACUUCAACUCCCUCGAGCCCUCCUCGUGCUGUUAUACAUCGUCAAGGAGUUGUCAACAGGUCGCUUGUUACGCACGCGCCAGAGCUUACAGAGUGUGGCGCCGGAGAUCUUCAAUGUUCUAGGCACAAUCUACGUGAACAAAGUCCAGAGCUGGCAAGUUUUCUUCCGCAAUGGCGGAGACGACGAAGGCGGGGCAAUUGAGAGCAUCGAGAACAGCUUGCUCGCAAUCAAAAUCAUUCGGCGACUGAUCAUCGCAGGUUAUGACUUCCCAGCCAGAGAGAAGGAUGUGCAAGGGUUCUGGACAUUGACUCGCACACACUUUGGAGAGUUCCUACAAUAUGUCACCGCAGGAGAUUCACCCCUCGCAGAACCUGUUCGAAAAUUGAUCGAGAAACACUUGAUGCAGCUUUCGAAGCUUCACCUAAACAUGGCCAUCACACACCCAGCAGGCUUCGUGCUCUUGCCUGACUCGCUCGGCCUCGUACGCGACUACUGGAGCCUCAUCUCAAACCUGGGCGAGACCUGGGGCUCCAAGUCGAUAGAGAGUGCGAAAAUAGGCACAGAUGGCGACUCCGAGGAUGACGCCCCUAUCAUCGAACGCUUAGGCCUGAAGGGCUUGCUACUCAUACGUGCCUGCGUGAAGAUGGUUUUCUACCCCUCGCAGACCUUCCGCUACAAGCAACAACAAGAAAAGGAUGAGAAGAAUGAAGCCACCCAGAUGGUCAAGUCACAGCUUCUCACUGAUGACCUUGUUCGUGAGAUGAUGUCUUCGCUUGUCACACGCUUCUUUGUCUUCAGACCCAGCGAUCUUCGAAUGUGGGAGGAAGAGCCCGACGAAUGGGAGAAGAUGGAUGAAGGCGCAGAGGAUUGGGAAUUUGCGAUCCGUCCUUGCGCCGAGAAGCUAUUCCUAGAUCUCUCAAAGAAUUUCAAAGAUUUGAUCGUCCAACCUCUACUUCAAGUCUUCAAUACCGUCGCGACCCCAGAGAACGAAGACAUCCUGUUCAAGGACUCCGUCUAUACUGCCAUCGGUCUCGCAGCCGAUAUACUCCACGACCAGCUAGAUUUCGACUCUUUCAUUUCAAGUACCCUAGUCGUUGAAGCUGGAAAACAGAAGCCAGGCUAUAACAUCAUCCGUCGACGGAUUGCUAUCAUCAUUUCUCAGUGGAUAACUAUCAAGGUGGCCAAAGAUAAGAAGCCAAUCGUUUACCAGAUCUAUCAGCACUUGCUGGACAAGAGCGACCCCUUGAACGACCAGGUCGUACGAGUCACUGCGGGCAGGAAAUUCAAAGAUGUUGCGGACGAGUGGGAGUUUCAUGCCGACAACUUCUUACCAUAUGCACCAGUCAUGCUCGAAAGAUUGAUGGCAUUGGUGCAAGAGGUUGAGCUACCGGAGACGAAGAUGGCGCUAUUGAACACCAUUAGUGUCAUAGUGGAGCGACUAGAGCACCACAUCACGCCUUACGCAAACAGCAUCAUAUCCCUCCUACCGCCACUAUGGGAACAGUCUGGCGAGGAGCACUUGAUGAAACAAGCCAUUCUCACCAUCCUCUCCCGCCUAACCAAUGCUAUGAAAGCCGACUCGCGCUCAUUCCAUAUCUCAUUUCUUCCCAUCAUCCAGAGCGCUAUCGAGCCGGGAUCCGAGACACAAGUCUACCUCCUUGAAGAUGCACUCGACCUGUGGGCUUCUAUCCUUGCACAAACACCAUCUGCUCCAGAGCCCACACCACCCGAGCUACUCAACUUGCUCCAGUAUCUCCUCCCUCUGUUCAGCAUGGACAACGAUACUCUCAGGAAAGCUAUAGAAAUCACUGAAGCUUACCUCUUACUCGCCCCUGCCUCUGUUCUCGCCGACAACUUCCGCCCAGCAAUCCUCCAAGCCCUCGCUGACCUCCUUGGCAACCUCAAACCCGAAGCGAAUGGCAUCAUGACACACCUCGUACAAUGCAUCAUCCGCGGUGCAGAGGGCGUAGGUGGCGAAAAUGCCGUUAAGAUCCUUACUAGUGAUCUGAUAUCCUCUGGCUUCUUCGCGAAGGUUCUCGAAGGCCUACAUGGCGCUUGGACACAUCAUCAGUCUCACGGUCCAUACCGGGAACUACCUCCACAAGCAGUAGACGGCGUUGUGGAGACCGACUACUUCACCGUGCUCGCACGCAUCGGCCUCGCAUCUCCUAACGUACUGCUGGAAGCAUUAUCGAGCAUUGGUGGAGAGGGCCUGGAGAAGACGCUCGACUGGCUGCUCGAGGAGUGGUUUAGCCAUAUUGAGAACAUUGGGGAUACCCCAAAUAAGAAACUCAUGACGCUUGUGCUAACGCGGUUCUUGGAGACGGGUCAGCCAUGGGCACUUGGACGUCUUCAGAACUUGUUCGUCACGUGGACUGAUGUUCUUGGGGAGUUGUUGGAUGGUAUGGAUGACCGGACUCAAGACUCUCUCUACUGGCCACCCGAACCAUACCAUCCAACCGAACCCGAAGCUCCCGAAGACAUCCGCAAACGCGAGCUCAUCUACUCCGACCCCGUACAUCGUCUCAAUCUCGUCGCUUUUGUACGAGAGCACUUGCAGCAGGCUAUCCAAGCUGUAGGCGGGGAACAGCGGUUUCAAGAAGAGUGGCUCAGUAGGGUGGACAAGGAUAUAUUGAAAGGCUUUGGGGAGCUAGGUAUCAUGUAA